UGGAGUGCAGUGGCGUGAUCUCGACUCACUGCAACCCCUACCUCCUGGGUUCAAGUGAUUCUUCUGCCUCAGCCUCCCAAGUAACUACAAUUACAGGCAUGUGCCACCACGCCCGGUUAAUUUUCAUAUUUUUAGUAGAAACGGGGUUCCUCCAUGUUGGCCAGGCUGGUCUCGAACUCCUGACCUCAGGUGAUCCGCCCACCUCGGCCUCCCAAAGUGCUGGGAUGACAGGCAUGCGCCACCACACAGGGCCUCAUUUAAAGAUUCUUUAUAGAGAUGAGGUGUCACUACGUUGCCUAGGCUGGUCUUGAACUUCUGGCCUCAACGGAUCCUCCCGCUUCAGCCUCCCACGGUGCUGGCUGAAGGGUGAGCCCAGGCUGGCCACAGCGCGUUUUCCUCAUUGUCCGCAGCUUGCAGUCUGCUGGUUCAGGGCUUAGCCGGGCACAUGGGCCCCUCUGAGGCUCCUGUUCAGGGCUCAGCCGUGUCUACGGGGCCCUCCGAGCUCUUCCUGGACCCUCCUCGGCUCCUUCAGUUCAGGGCUCAGCUGGGCACGUGGACGCCUCCUUGGCUCCUCCGGCUCAGGCCUCUCCUCGAGCUCUGCGCCCUGAGUAUGCUGGGCUCCUUCCUUGGUUUCCUUUGGCCUUUGGCCGGGAAAGUGGUGGGUGUCCGUGGCAGUCUGGGCCACUUCACAGCCCCGCAGCCAACCUGCGGCUCCUUCAGAGCAAAGCUGUGUGGACACAAAGGGAACGCCCCUCGGAGCUGGCCUCUCCCUUUACCUGUCAGUUCCCUCCCAAGCCGGCUGCCUUCUGUCCCCUCCCCAGAGCCCUUGGGUAACUGGUUUGCUACAAGAGUGUCUGGAAUUUUUCAGUUGUUCUCUGUGGAAGGGAGUUUUUAAAAGGCCCUUAAUCCCUUCUUGACAUUUGUAAGUUGACGCUUACACCUGGCAGCCUUGCUGAAUUCUGUGUGCGUGAAGGUCCGAUUCCACCACGAGUCACGAUAGAAAACCCACUCCGUGGAAAGAGGCCAGAGAUGACUGCUGCGCACACCUCCGUUCAGCACACAAACCUCUGCAGGUGUUCAUAGCGGAGGCAGAUUCCGUACUGGGGAUAAGAGCUCACGACAUGCUGGGAGGGGUUUCAGGGGCAGGGAGGGGGCUUCUGUGGCCCCAGGUCAGGAGGAGCAGCUCUUCCAUCAGCAGCAGGCAGCCAGCCCAGAUGCGUGGGGAAGACAGCUCCCACUUCGCCAGGCCAGCGAGCACCCGGGGGCAGCUCCGUUCCAGUCGACCCUGCGAGAAAGGGGUGUGCGUGUGCCUGGAGCUGGGCCCCGUCCUGCCUCCCUGACCUGUGUGCUCCCACAGCCCUGAGACGGACGGCUCACAGCCUUGCGAGGCCCACACUGCACUGGGGGUCAGGCUUGUGCUCCCGGGAGUCCUGUCUGGGCUGCGUGGCCGCCAUCCAGAGCCUGCUGACCUGUGACUGGGGGGCCAGUGCUCCCUGGGUUUCAGCACCCGAGAAUCAGAGUGGGAUCCCGUGAAGCUUGGGCCCGGGCUCCCACCCACGCCCCACACCCACCCAGGGCAGCCAUGAAACCUGGGCCCGGGCUCCCACCCACACCCCGCACCCACCCAGGGCAGCUGUGAAACCUGGGCCCGGGCUCCCACCCUUGCCCACUGAGGGCAGCUUUGCCUUCCUGGGCAUCCCUCCUCCCCCAGGCCUGGCCCGCUGCCUGUCCGAGGCUCCUGUGCGGGGUCUCCACCCACACAUUCCUGCGGCGUGAGGUGCCGCCGCUCCCUGCUGCCCCGGGCAAAGCCGUCAUUUGUUCCUUUUGACGGCCCGGGAGGCUGUCAGGCUCUCCACCCCCACUUCCCAAUUGAGGAAACCAAGGCAGAGGAGGCUCAGGUGUGGCCAAUCACUCUGCAUGUCAGAGUUACCCUGGGCAGGGCCCACUGAGACCUGGGAGGGGCCACUCGGGACCUGGAGGGCUGGGGGCUGCCCGGGCGUUAGGGGUAAAGCUCCCUACCCAACUGCGCAGAAGGCCUCGGAGGCCUGGGGGCUGGGCUCCCCCUUUCACAUCGCCCUUUAGAGGCCCACGUGUGGGCAUUGGCCCGAGAUCCGAAAGGGGCUGUCCUGUUCCUCAUGGGCGCUGCCAGCACCACGCACUCCUCUUUCUGCCUGGCCGGCCACUCCCGUCUGCUGUGACGCUCGGACAGAGAGCUGCCGGUGGACCCACGGUGCCUCCCUCCCUGGGAUCUACACAGACUAUGGCCUUGCCAACGGCUCGACCCCUGUUGGGGUCCUGUGGGACCCCCGCCCUCAGCAGCCUCCUGUUCCUGCUCUUCAGCCUCGGAUGGGUGCAGUCCUCGAGGGCCCUGGCUGGAGAGACAGGGCAGGAGGCUGUGCCCCUGGAAGGAGUCCUGGCCAACCCACCUAACAUUUCCAGCCUCUCCCCACGCCAACUCCUUGGCUUCCCGUGUGCGGAGGUGUCCGGCCUGAGCACGGAGCGUGUCCAGGAGCUGGCUGUGGCCUUGGCACAGAAGAAUGUCAAGCUCUCAGCAGAGCAGCUGCGCUGUCUGGCUCACCGGCUCUCUGAGCCCCCCGAGGACCUGGACGCCCUCCCGUUGGACCUGCUGCUAUUCCUCAACCCAGAUGCGUUCUCGGGGCCCCAGGCCUGCACCCGUUUCUUCUCCCGCGUCACGGAGGCCAAUGUGGACCUGCUCCCGAGGGGGGCUCCCGAGCGACAGCGGCUGCUGCCUGCGGCUCUGGCCUGCUGGGGUGUGCGGGGGUCUCUGCUGAGCGAGGCUGAUGUGCGGGCUCUGGGAGGCCUGGCUUGCGACCUGCCUGGGCGCUUUGUGGCCGAGUCGGCCGAAGUGCUGCUACCCCGGCUGGUGAGCUGCCCGGGACCCCUGGACCAGGACCAGCAGGAGGCAGCCAGGGCGGCUCUGCAGGGCGGGGGACCCCCCUACGGCCCCCCGUCGACAUGGUCUGUCUCCACGCUGGACGCUCUGCGGGGCCUGCUGCCCGUGCUGGGCCAGCCCAUCAUCCGCAGCAUCCCGCAGGGCACCGUGGCCGCGUGGCGGCGACGCUCCUCUCGGGACCCAUCCUGGCAGCAGCAUGAACAGACCAUCCUCCGGCCACGGUUCCGGCGGGACGUGGAGAAGACAGCCUGUCCCUCAGGCGAGAAGGCCCGCGAGAUAGACGAGAGCCUCAUCUUCUACAGGAAGUGGGAGCUGGAAGCCUGCGUGGAUGCGGCCCUGCUGGCCGCCCAGAUGGACCGCGUGAACGCCAUCCCCUUCACCUACGAGCAGCUGGACGUCCUAAAGCAUAAACUGGAUGAGCUCUACCCACAAGGUUACCCCGAGUCUGUGAUCCAGCACCUGGGCUACCUCUUCCUCAAGAUGAGCCCUGAGGACAUUCGCAAGUGGAAUGUGACGUCCCUGGAGACCCUGAAGGCUUUGCUUGAAGUCAACAAAGGACACAAAAUGAGUCCUCAGGUGGCCACCCUGAUCGACCGCUUUGUGAAGGGAAGGGGCCAGCUAGACAAAGACACCCUAGACACCCUGACCGCCUUCUACCCUGGGUACCUGUGCUCCCUCAGCCCCGAGCAGCUGAGCUCCGUGCCCCCCAGCAGCAUCUGGGCAGUCAGGCCCCAGGACCUGGACACCUGUGACCCAAGGCAGCUGGACGUCCUCUAUCCCAAGGCCCGCCUUGCUUUCCAGAACAUGAACAGGUCCGAAUACUUCAUGAAGAUCCAGUCCUUCCUGGGUGGGGCCCCCACGGAGGAUUUGAAGGCGCUCAGUCAGCAGAAUGUGAGCAUGGACUUGGCCACGUUCAUGAAGCUGCGGACGGAAGCGGUGCUGCCGUUGACUGUGGCUGAGGUGCAGAAACUUCUGGGACCCCACGUGGAGGGCCUGAAGGCGGAGGAGCGGCACAGCCCGGUGCGGGACUGGAUCCUACGGCAGCAGCAGGACGACCUGGACACGCUGGGGCUGGGGCUACAGGGCGGCAUCCCCAACGGCUACCUGGUCCUAGAUCUCAGCGUGCGAGAGGCCCUCUCGGGGACGCCCUGCCUCCUGGGACCUGGACCUGUUCUCACCGUCCUGGCACUGCUCCUAGCCUCCACCCUGGCCUGAGGGCCCCACUCCCUUGCUGGCCCCAGCCCUGCUGGGGAUCCCCGCCUGGCCAGGAGCAGGCACGGGUGGUCCCUGUUCCACCCCAAGAGAACUCGCACUCAGUAAACGGGAACAUGCCCCCUGCAGACACGCCUUGUGGC